AGAAAGGACAGAAGAGGGCACGAAAUAAGUUAAAUACAGAGGUUCAGAAAUAUUUACCAGCUGGUAUUUCUCUAGCCGUGGCAAAGGAUAAAAUUAAAAAGGCUAGAAAAAUGGUUGACAUUUUUAGUGCUAUAGAUCAAUCUAGAAUUCAAUAUGUUCAUUCAUUUUCUGUAGACCAGCUCUCAACUUUUAAGGAAGACUAUAUCAACUUCAUAAAAGCAAAAAUUACUAAAGCCUGGAACACCAUAAAUAUGCAAAAUACCUUGAGU